AUGAUAUUAAAAUUGAUAUAUUUGUGUUCAGUUUACAUUUUAAGUGCAAAUGCUCAAUGUGGUGAUGAGGAUUGUAGAAGUGCUCGAAUAAUCGGGGGAGAAAUAACAGAACAAAAUAGUAGGCCUUAUCAGGUAGCGUUAUACACUCGUGUGGGGACAGCGGGCGAGUUGGGCUUCUGUGGCGCCUCCCUUAUUCAUCAAGAGUGGGUGCUUACGGCAGCACAUUGCUGCUUUCAUGACGGAGAAAAUGUCGACCAGGUCCAGGUUAUUUUGGGUGCUCAUUCAUUGUAUGAUCGCUUCGAGAACGGCCGUCGCGUGGUGAACGUGGCUGAACUGGUGGUUCACCCCGAUUGGGACCCGGUGACUUUUGCCAACGAUAUCGCACUAUUGAGACUCGCUAAUGUCGUUCAAUUUACAGAGACAGUGAGUCCAGUACGUCUACCGUACAGGAGAAUAUCAUUGUUUAAUUUAGCCGGUUUGGGAGCUACUGUAUCAGGAUGGGGUAUCGCUGCUGAAGGUGUAACUUUCGUGUCUCCGACGCUUCGUCAGAGGGUAAUGAAUGUUAUUACAGACUCGUUCUGUAACGGAUCAUACUUUAAUCAACUGCCGGAGACCAUCAUAUGCGCUUUUCAGUUCGCUUCUGGGACUUGUAAGGGGGAUAAUGGCGGUCCACUGACAAUAAGGAACACUUUCACCCCUGAUGCCGAGGAUGAAGAGAUAUUGGUAGGAGUGACUUCGUUCAUCAGUUCUACAGGAUGCAACGAUGUUCGACCUUCGGUAUUUACGAGGGUACAGUUGUACCUCGAUUGGAUCAGUGAAGUUACAGGAAUGAAUUUCCAUUCAUAUCACACAUCCAUAUCGGGUCGAACUUUUCCGUUUGCAGAUGAACUGACAAGGUUGAUUAAAAUGUAUCUUCUACAAUACUUUGGGUUAAUAUUAGCGCCCUGGGUUUCUGCCAACGUAGCUUUUCAUGGUGGCUAUCACGAGGCAUUUGGUAUUCCUGAAGCGAAGAGGAUUAAAGAUUGGGAAGAUAAAUUUUUUGCUGAGAAAAUCAACAAUUUAGACCUUAGAAUAGUCGGUGGCUCUUUGGUUAUACCCAAUACUUAUCCGUUCUUUGCAGGGAUAUUGAUUGAUGUGUUACGCAAUCAUAAGUCAGUUUGUGGCUCUACGUUGCUGACCUCGAACCGCCUAGUAACGGCUGCCCACUGCUGGUGGGAUGGCCAUAAGCAGGCUUGGAAAUUUACCGUAAUUCUCGGGACCCCAUAUUUUUACUAUGGCGGCAUACGUUCUGAGACCGCUCGUGUUGUGAUGCAUCCUCAGUUUAACCCCUUUGCCAUGCAGAAUGAUAUAGCAAUUAUUUAUUUAUUAAAACCAGUGAAAUUUGGAGUAAACAUCGCGCCUAUUGAUUUACCCCGUGGAAUGGAACUCCUUUCCGAUUUUGUUGGAAUGACUGCGGUUGCAAUCGGAUUUGGUAAAACUAGAGAUAAACAACCUACAGGAUCAUCCGUAUUGAGUGACGUAUACCUACAAAUUAUGCCCGUCGACGAGUGCCAAAGAGCUAUAUUUGAAGUGACCGACGCCAAUAUCUGUACGCGUGGUACGGGUUUUGUCGGUAUCUGUCACGGCGACUCUGGCGGACCACUCGCCACUUUUCUCAAUGGAAGAAUAGUCUUGGUUGGUGUCAGCGUUAUAGUUUCACAGCUAGGGUGUGACGUCAGUCUACCCUCGGCAUACUCGCGUGUUACCAGUUACUAUGGAUUUAUCACAGAACAUUUGUAA